AUGUCUAAAGCCAUUGCAUAUGCUGAGAGGCGUGGCGGAGAAUGUCUUGGUAAAACUGGCCAAAUAAAUGGUUUCGAUGUAUAUCUUUGGUCAUGUGAAAAUGGACUCCAUCAAUGGGAAGCACCUUAUAAAAUCCAGAAGAAUAAAUUCGAAUGGUGUCCAUUCAAAGAAGUGGUACAUACACGAAAAUCUCUCUAUAUUUCAAAAUUAAAUGAACUUUAUAUUUCUAGAUGUAAAGUCUCUGGUGGAACCUUAUAUCAGAUUAGAGGUCUAUGUCCAAACUUGCGACGCUUGACUAUAAGCAACUGUCAUGGAUUUUCUAGCGAAACAAUUGGAAGAAUCGUAUACCCGAGCUUAAUAUAUCUUAAAUUCCGCCAUCAUCGUAUCAAGGAUAAAACUAUUUAUAAUAUUGCCUCUUCAUGCCCAAAUUUAACCUAUCUCUAUUUAGGAUAUAGUGAAUACAUCUCUGAUAUUUCUAUUAUAGAAAUUGCCAAGUCGUGUCAAAAGUUAAAAUAUAUCAAAAUAGGUGGUGCCCACAUUACUGAUAUCUCAUUAAAAGAAAUCGCUCAUCUGUGUUCGAACCUUCAACAUAUCCACUUGAUCGAUUGUGAAAAAGUGACGGAUUAUGGAAUUAGCGUUAUAGCCACCUCAUAUCCAAAUAUGCUUAGUUUUUCUUUUACAAAUGGAAACGGUUUAUAUGAUAAAUUUAAUAAUGAGGGUAUUUCCGAUGUUUCUGUUAAAAAAAUCGCUCAGUGUUGUCCCGAUCUCCAAUAUCUUAAUGCUAGUUGGAAUUGUAUAUCCGAUGAUUCCAUUUGUAUAAUAGUGCGAUCAUGCCCAAAUCUUGAACAACUUUAUCUUGAAGGUUGCAAUAUUACCGAUAUAACUAUGACUGCAUUAGCAAAUUUAUGUAAUCUCCAGAAGCUCGAUAUUGAGGAAUGCGACAGAAUUAGUAUCAAUGCAAUUAUAACAUUGCAAAAUAAAAAUCCUGCUCUUGAUAUUGUCGGUUGGUAUCCAGAUACGAAUAGUGAGUCGGGUAUAUCGUUAUAA